AUGGAAAAAGAUAAAAUAAUUUGUAAAUUUAAAAGUCUCUGGAGUUCACCAGUAGUAUUAAUAAAAAUGAAAAAUGAAAAACUUCGAUUUUGUGUGAAUUAUAGAAAGUUAAAUUUAAUAACUAAGAAAGAUACAUAUCCUCUUCCUCGCAUAGAUGAAAAGUUAGAUAAUUUAGAAAAAGCUAAAUGGUUUACUUCUUUGAAUUUAACCUCUGGAUACUGGCAAGUUCAAAUAAAAGAAGAAGAUAAAGAAAAGAUGGUCUUUAUUACAAAAUAUGGUCUUUAUGAGUUCAAUAUUACGCCGUUUGAACUUUAUAAUGCUCCUUCAAUAUUUCAAAGAUUAAUAGAUGUAGUUCUUAAUUCUGUUUUUUAA